AUGACAACCAUUGUUGCUCAACCAAUUUCAUCCGCGUUGUUUAUCCCACCUUUACAAGGUAGUCUUUCUGUAGAAGAAGAUAAUAAACUAUCAGAUAUACUAUCGGCCGACGAUGAACUAGCCAUCAAUACCAUUUAUGAUUAUUGGUUUGGUAAGAAUACGAAUACAUGGUCUAAAGCGUAUCCUCUAAUGACAAAAUUAUGGUGUAAAGUUCAAUAUGAUACUGACAAAACCAUCACCGAAAAAUUUGAAAAAUAUUUAAUUGAAGCAUCGAAUAACGAUAGUGGAAUGUAUCAUCGAUGGCAAUUAACGGAUCGUGGUAAACUUGUUUUAAUUCUAAUAUUCGAUCAGUUUUCACGAAAUAUUUAUCGUAGUACACCAAAAAUGUUUGCAUAUGAUCAAUUGGCAUUAAAUUUAUCUCUACAAAUCAUCAAUGAACAACAUAUAACAUUGUACAGUUUACCAGAAAGAAUAUUUAUUUAUUUUCCGCUUGUUCAUUCAGAAAAUAUUAUUUAUACAACAAAAGGUGUACAAUUAAUGAAUGACCUACUAACUAGUGUGACACAGCGUGAUUUACGAAAACAAUGUAGAUCAAUUGCUCAAUCAUGUCGAACACAUCAACAUCUCCUUGAACUAUUUGGACGUUAUCCACAUCGAAAUCAAGUAUUAGGCAGACAAUCAACACACGACGAAGAAACUUAUUUGAAAACUGCUCGAAAUGAAUUUGUUAACUCGGUAAACUCCAUCAAACCACAACCAACACUUGAAAUUAAUGACAGUAAUAAUAACUCAUCAACGGCUGUUGCAAAGUCAGUUCAACCAUUAAAAAUUUUGGUGUUGCAUAGUUUUCGUCAAAAUGCGAAUAGUUUACGUCGCACAAUGAAAAAUUUGUUAAAAGAAUUGAAAGACAUUGGUACAUUUUUUUUUGCAGAUGCUCCGUUACCGUACAACCCAACGAGCGAAGUCAACCAAGAAUUGUUACCGACAUUCGAUGAUGGUAAUUUACCCGAAACGUCGUAUCAACGACAAUGGUGGAAUGUAUCGAAAGACAACCGAAUGUAUCAUCAGUUGGAUGUAUCCAUUUAUUAUCUUGACCAAUUAUUCAAAUCAGCUGGACCAUUUGAUGGCAUUUUAGGUGGUACAUUAGCUGGUAUUUUAGCUGCGUUGCAACCAGUUGGUAAUAUAUCAUUUCGUUUUGCGAUUUUAAUCUCUGGUUAUCCAUCGCGUGCUGAUAUUCAUGUAGAAAUAAUGAAACAAAAUUAUAUUCAAAAUGUACCAUCGUUGCAUAUUUAUGGUAUUAAAGAUGAUAUCGUUGAUAAUGAACAAACAUUACAAUUAGCAUCAGUCUUUAAAAAUUCAACCAUUGUUCAGCAUCAAGGUGGUCAUUUUACGCCCAAUGAAUGGCCAAAUACAAGUAUUAAAUUAUUUUUGCUUGAACAACAGAAGUGUCGAAUAACGAAGAAACAAGAGACAGAUGCCACUUUUGGUCAACAACAGUUAUUAAUGACAUUUCAUGAGAAAAUAGAAGCCGUAAUCCUAAAUUAUGAAAAACAGUCAUCGCAGAUAUCUCCUGUUGGGUUAUCAAAACAAAUUGAUGAAACGAAUAUGAAUGUAUUGAUAGAAGGAAUAGAUCAUUAUUUGUUUGAAGAUAUUGUAUUGUUGAUUUGGUGUAAACGAACAACAUUUCAUAAUCCAGAACCAAAAACUGAUGGUAAAACAUUUUUUUAUUAUUGGAUUUUGUUAUAUCUGAAAAAACCGGAUGAAAUGUUAGAAUACCUCGACACUAUCCCAAAAUAUGGUAGUUGGGCUGAUUUGAAAACACUCGCUGUUUGUGCAGAUAAAAUGAAAACCAUUGAACAAAAAGAAUGUCUAGAAAAGCUACAACACGCAUGUGUUAAAAUGUUUGGCGAACAAUUAAAACGAGAUUAUCGAUUAGUACUGCAUCAACCAAAUAAUUACCUAAAUGAAAAAGAAGAAAUAGAGGAUAUUAAAAAACAAGAAUGGUUGACAGAUUGUGCUAAAGAAGCACCAAGAAUUGGAAAUAAACAUUAUAACUAUAGUACAGUAAUGGCUAAAGAGGUCGCCAAAUACUUGAAACCUGUUCCCGAUAAUAUAACCGAUCAAAAACAACUGGAUGCUGAAAAAGGUUGUUCUUAUCAAUACUAUAAAAGUUUAAUAUUGGCUGUUUGUCAAGUUUUGGAAAAAGCAUCACCAAGUUUUAUUGAUAAACUAAUGAAAGCACAAAGUCGCAAAGAUCGUGCAUUACAAUAUACAAAAGAGCAACGUGAACAAUUGUUAAAUGCUCCACCAUCAUUCUGUGUUUUGCAUCCUAAGCCUCAGCCACUUAUGCCACGUCCAUUAGAAGAAUUAGAACCGUUACUUGAACAUUUGUCACUAGAUAAGGAUGGUCCAGUUGAUGAUAAACAGUCAAUUGUGUUUCCUCGUGGUGCCAUUAUGACGGGUGGACGAUUAGAUUUAUGUAAACAAAUUGUUGGUCCCGAUGGUAUCCGACCAUUAUUAAAUGCAAUGGAACAUAGUUCAGUAAUACAUAGAUUAUUGUUAGGCAAUAAUAGUGUUGGCAUGGUUGGGGCUGAGGCAAUUGCGGACUAUAUACGUAAUAAUCAUGACUCUAAAAUUGAUACGUGGUACAUUGCUUGUAAUAAAUUCGAUAGCAAUUGUAUGGCACUCAUUUGUGAUUCAUUGAUAUCAGACACCAAAGUUAAGGCAUUGUGGUUAAAACGAAAUCCCAUCUUAGCAGCAGGAGCUGUCCACGUCUCAAAAAUGUUAUCUCUGAAUAAAUAUUUGCAAAUAUUAGAUUUAG